CUCUGUUUACGCUCCUGGUGGAGUCAAUAGGAAAUAUAUGUAAUUUCUCUUAGUUAAACUGAUAACGGUCAAUUUUUGUUUGUUUCAAUGGAAACCCCCGAAAUACCAGAAAAAAACUAUGCUUCAAAAGAAAGGAGUCCUCCUCUUUUUUUCAAUCAUAGUUUAAUAAAAUAUCGAAAUAAAAUCUAGGACUUAAAGUGAACCAAGAGGGAAGGAUUUAAACAGAAUAAAUGUGUAACGACAGGUUGGAAAGUAUACAAAUAAGAGUUAGAACGGAAUAGGAGAGGGGAAAGGUUGCAAGAGGAAGCUAGACCAAGAGUUGACAAGAUUGAAAAAUAAAAGAGAACCUAUUAGUGAAUAAAAAUAUAGAGAUAAAGUAAAAUCAAGAGAGAAAGGAAGAAAUGAAUUUUUAUUUAAAGAAUGAAGUAGAAAACCCUGUAAUGUUAAGGUAUUUAGAAAUGGAAAGUAUCAUUAAGAGAUAUGGGAAGAAAAAUUCAGAAUUGAUAGAUAGUCAGAUAGAUAGAGACCCCAAUACCUAUGCCCUGAGAUUUGAGCGGGCUCUUGCAGCCGCAGCCACCUGUUUAGCCUGAAUAGAAGGCAGUGUCUUUCAGACCGUUGGAGAGGGAGGACAUACAUUACCCGCUUCGAUACAUUUCAAACAGUGUUCUAAUCAUGCUUGAGGACAGACUACGACCUCGAUACUCUGGAAGAGGUCAGGGGAAAUCUGAGUCUGGAACCCACUUAUAUCGACUUGAUUACAGCCAGAGGUCGGAACUGAGGUCGCCCCAACAAAAGUCUCCGCAACAGAGAAAAGCUCGCGCCAUCGUCGCAAAAUAUAAGAAAACAGUUCGCUACGCUCAACUCUAUCGACUCAAAUCUCUGGUUCCAGCAGUGAAGGACAAAGAAGAAGCUUCAGAGAUCGAUGUUCUGCAAGAAACCGUGCGGUACAUAGAAGAUCUAGAGCGCAGAUUGCUAGCACAGGUUCAAAGCACAGGAUUACCGCGUCAACUUAUUAAAUUUGAACACAAAGACGACGGUCAUGACCGGACUGAACCCCUUCCUAGAAGAUCUCCGGUUCAGAUGGAAGAUUUGCGAAACCUGCUCCACUCCUCUCUCCAACCCGUCCUAGAGGAGAAGUUAAAAAAGCAAAGACUAGAAGAUGAAAACAAUAUUGCACAGUUAUUAAGUGAUGCUGGAUCAACGAACAUGGAUUCAUAAAUUAAAGACACUAUGAACCCAGUGUUUACGAUCUCAACCUUAGCCUAGAAGCUAGGAUCCGAGUCCCAGGAUAUAGGUUUUAUAAAACCUGAACCAAUGUGAUAAUUCUUCUCUUCUUUCUCUCUGUUUAGCUAGUUCAACAUAAAGUAUAAUAUAUUAUAUAUAUAGCUUA